AAUAUUUCUCUUUUCGUUUUCACAACGUCGACGGUGACGAUGAGCUUCGUGAACUCUCCGACGAUGGAGCCCUCGCAACCUCAUAAUCCCCACGAAUACUCAGCCUCUUCCACAAUUAUCACCUUCCAACGCCCAAUUCCUCUUCUUCGCGGCCCCGUUCGAGCUAGUCAAUCUGAAAAUCCCUCUGCAGGUCCAUACUUGCUUGCAUUUAAGGAUCGCCAAGCUUGGGAAUCUGCUUUCAAAGCAUGCGAGUCGAAGAUUAUCGAACAAUGCGAGGCCGGGGCCAGAAUCGGUUGCUCAAUAACUGCUUCCAACAAGUGCAAGCCGCCCUGGUGGGGAUUUUUGUUUCGGUCGAAGAAAGGGUUGGAUUUGAAGGAGAGGGAGCAGUGCGAAGAGCUAGAAAUGGAGGCUUGUUUGGCUGCCGCUAAGGAGAAGUGUGUUGGUUUUGCGAAGGAGAAGUGUUAUAAACCAUUUAUGGAAGCUAGAAUUGUGAGGGGGGGGGGGGGGGGGGGGGGGACGUUAACAGAGAAGUAAGCGGAGAUGUGGGUUUGUUGGGCUUCAAAUGCUAAUAAAGAUUUUGUUAUCCCUUUAAUUGACAUUAGAAGAAAUCUUUCUGGAGUUGGUCUUGGGGAGACGAAUUACCUAUCUACUGAAUUAUUCUAGACAACUAAGUUUUUUUUUCCUGGAAUUGGUCUUGGUGAUGGUGAUUCGGAAUUUUUCGAAGGGCCUGAUCAGUGAACGAGUAAGUAUUGGUUCAAAGUUACAAACGAAGAUGGAGAAUUUAGAGGCAAGUUCCUUGCUUGUACUUUAUAAUUGGAAAUAUCUGUUCGGACGGCCAUACUUGUUCCGGUACCACAAAUCCGGGUCAGUUUCUUGGUAAUUCCAUGGUUCACAAACAUUUACUUCUAGUUGGUUAAGUGUAUAUUUUGUAGGGAAAAAUAUUAUAGUUCUGUUUAAAUUGCAAAUUUGCUUAGUUGAUAUACUAUCUUAUGUUUAGUCAAAUUUAUUUUGUAUACUACUUUAAUUAAUUUGUUAAGUAAGUUUCCUUGGAAUUCUACAGUUUUUUCUUCCCAUUUAUUUAUAAGGCUAUAUAAAAAGCCAGUCUGUACUUGGAAAGAACAUCUAUUGAAUACGAUGGAUUAGAAGUCUUCUUCUAUUGGAA